GUGUGAUACUGUAACUUUAAUCUAUGACAAGUUCAUGGGAAAUAUAAAGUAAAUUUUCAAUGACACGUGCAAUGUUGAAGCAUGGUUGUCACGCCACGAAAGAUGAAACAGGUUGCCUUUUCCGUGAUUUGUAUAAUAUUAGUGUUAGGAUUUUACAAAACGUUAGUUAAUCCAGAAGAUGAACAAUCUUUCACCCGACUUCAUCCGAGAGAUCGUAAAUCUCGCUUAGGGGAUAUAAACGAGAUUGAAACUGUCAAUGAGAAAGUUCAAGAGACUGAUGACAAUGCACGUUACACAGAUAUCAAAAAUAUCGAAGAAGCAAAAAUACGGAUUCGUGAAUUGGAGGGUAAAUUGCAACAUCUUGAAACCAAGAUUGAGAACAAGGUGUCGAAAGAUUUCCCAACGGUCAAAUUCCUCAAUUAUAAAAACCGGAAAAGGAUAUUGGUCACAGGUGGAGCAGGCUUUGUUGGGUCACAUUUGGUUGACCGUUUGAUGCUUGCUGGCCACGAAGUAAUAGUUGUAGAUAAUUUUUUUACUGGAAGAAAGCGUAAUGUUGAACAUUGGGUUGGCCAUGAGAACUUUGAACUUGUUCACCAUGACAUUGUCAGACCUCUUUACUUAGAGGUUGAUGAGAUAUAUCAUCUUGCUAGCCCAGCUAGUCCACCACAUUAUAUGCUUAAUCCAGUCAAAACGAUAAAAACAAAUACGUUAGGUACAAUAAAUAUCUUAGGUCUUGCAAAAAGGGUAGGAGCAAAAGUUUUAAUAGCUAGUACAUCUGAGGUUUAUGGAGAUCCUAACGAGCAUCCUCAGUCAGAAACUUAUUGGGGCCAUGUGAAUCCUAUAGGUCCAAGAGCUUGUUACGAUGAAGGAAAACGCGUAGCGGAAACAUUAAGCUACGCGUACAUGAGACAAGAAGGUGUCUCGGUGCGCGUUGCUCGAAUUUUUAAUACAUUUGGGCCAAGGAUGCAUAUGAAUGACGGUCGUGUAGUUUCGAAUUUUAUUCUGCAGGCAUUACAGAAUGAUUCAAUUACGAUAUAUGGCAGUGGAAAACAGACGCGAUCUUUUCAAUACGUGUCUGAUUUAGUCGAUGGAUUAGUUGCCUUAAUGGCGUCUAAUUAUACUCAACCAAUAAACAUUGGAAAUCCUGUCGAGCAUACAAUAGAAGAAUUCGCCCUUAUAAUAAAGGAUCUAGUUGGUACUAAUAGUAAGAUAGUCGAACUUGCCGCAGUCGAAGAUGAUCCACAACGAAGGAGACCCGAUAUUAGUAGAGCUAAGAAGUAUUUGAAUUGGGAACCGAAAGUUCCUCUAGCCGAAGGACUUAAAACGACUAUAAUGUACUUCGCUAAGGAAUUACAAAAGACGAAGCAUUCUCAAAGAAAUAGUAUCAAACAAACUCCUUACAAGAACGAUCAUGACAUAGUAGAACAACUCUAGAAAAUAUCAAUACGAUUGACUUAUCCACUUCUGAGAAAGUGGCUUCGGAAAGUGCCAUUAUGCUAUGGACCAGUACGUGCCAAAAGAUUCCCCGUCCAAAUUGAAUUUUCUAUAAUUUAGAAUAUCAACGGGUACAUGUUCUUAAUUUAAAGCGGAAAAAGAACACUUCUGUAACGAAAUUGAUGUUUUGUGUGUACGUAAUUGAUAUUUAUUUCAAUUUUGUUUCAUAGCAAUGUUUCAUACGUAAUUUUAUUUAUUAUUCGUGAUAGUAUUCAGUAGUAUUGAGUUCAAACAGCGAAUCCUUGAAGCAUAUUACUUAUUUUGUAAUAGAAUGGAACGAUUAAUUUAUCGCUUAGUUUUAGUGAUUGUUUGUGUGGUGGUGCUAGGGGAAAUGAUCAAUAUUAUUUUUCCCUGUGUGAAUUAUUAAGCUGAAUUCUAUAACUUUAAAUAAUAUUACGCUGGAUUUACUUAAUGUUUCUAUAUAAUCGGUUUUCUUCCGAUUGUACACGACUGUCUAUCGUCGGAUUUCCUUAACGAUGUAUAAUAGCGGUAUUAAUCGACGUGCACUUGUAAUUAGCAACUCUUCAACAUAUGUUUCUGUCAUUGAAUUUUUUGUCGUAAGGCGCUCGAAUGUCUGUAAUAUACUAGUAAUUGUGCCGUGUAAUGUAAGUACGGUAAUACAGUAAGAUUAUAAUAUUUCGUGAGUGUGUAAACAGGAAAGUAAUUUUAUACUGUACGAGAAAAUGUAUUGUACGCGAGCAUACAUGUAAAACACUUUUGUAAAGACAGCUCUCUUUCAUCUUGACGGCUCGUGCGUUUAAUUUAUAUACGAAUAUACAACGCCGCGUCACAGACGUGUAGAAAGAAAUAUAAAGUCAUUGCUUGCACUGUA